GAGUCAGUAGUAACACCGCAGUUAGCCAAACGGGAGAUUGAGCGCGCGCACACACACAUACAUACACACACUCUCACACACACUCAGCAGUGAGGAAGAGAGUUGCAGAAAGAAAGAAGCAAAGACAUCCUCAGCUCGCCCAAGAGUGUCAGUUUCCUCGUUGUUUGGAGAUCCUUGAUAUGACCCUCUUUAGCCCGAGAUACAUGAGCAUGAGUGGAGAGUUGAAGUCCAGCCGCUCCAGGGCAGCGAGUAAGAGGGCCAGCAACACCAUUUAUGGAUCCGAGUUCGACCUGGACUGUGACAGCUACCACGAGGACUACAAUGACAGGGCGUAUGACUACCAACGUGUGCCGGCCUCGCUGUCGCCUCUGCCCGUCGGACCCGGUCUGGCCAAGCGAUCCCGUUCCUCCUCCUACUCCUCUGGGAACAAACGCAGUCGAGACAGAACCCACUCCAAAAGCUCCAGAGCCCACUCCACAAAUUCAUCCACAGCCAAGUUGGGCAUGGAGGAGUUGCAGGUGAUUAAAAAGGAGCUGACUCUGAUAAAGACACAGAUCGAUGGGCUGCUCGACAAUCUUGACAAAAUGGACACAGAGAGGAAUGACAGCAAAGGAUCUCCCCUGAGAGAGGAGAGUCCAGCCGGCUCACUGUACGCUCUGUCUGCCAGCAGCCCCGAGCACUCCCUCUCCUCCCUCUCCCCCCCCAGCUCCCGCCAUCGAAUCCGCAGAGAGAAACCGGACCUGAGGGGGCCUGAUGAUGAACACCACACGAUGAGCAACUACAGCUCUGACCCAGAGGAGGGAAUAUGAGGAAGAACCAUGGGAAGACAUAGAAGACAUGUAUUAAGUGCCAAACAUGGAGGAGGAGAAGAACAGCCGACACUCAAAUUGAACACGCUACAUGUAUGUUAUUGUGUCACAACAGCCUGGUUUCUGUGAGAAUACAUUCAAGUCUAAUUAAAACACUGACACAGUUGACUUAUACGCAUUAAGUACAAAGAUAUCCCAUUAGUAAUGAUUUGUAAGGUUGACCUGAGAGAGGACAACUGGAUGAACGGUAAUUAAUUCAUCUUUUAAUUCCCUAAGGAGGCAUUCCUAUUUAAUUGUAAAAGACGGGCUACACAAAUGCGUGUUUUCCAAAUAAAUCCAAACACUACAGAAUGAAGACAAAAAACGAGACACAUUUUAAACCUUGUGUUAGUAGUUUAAAAAUUGAUUCUGUCAGGCAGCAAAUGCCAGCAUCAGACUGUAAAUAUGGUAAUAAUUUAGAUUAAUAAUCUAUGUGUCAUGUUGCUAGAGGUGCUGCAACAUUCUGCUGCUUCACCUGUUUCUCCCAAGAAAGACAUUCUUCUAUCUUGAAUAAGAUAUCUUAGAAACAACAUAGAACCAAGAAUAUAAAUAAAGCUAGGGAACUUAAACACGACGUCAUUGACUUACUAAAAUAUUUCAAUUUUCUAAAUAAUGGUAUAAUCGCAAAAGCUACUGGAGUUUUACGUGUAAUGUAAAAGCAAAACAAAAGAAAGCACUACACUCUCCAACUUGAUCUCUUUUUGUUGACGCAUAGCUCAUCCUUUCCCUUUAUUGUAUACUUCUAAGAUGUGAAAAUUAGCUAGACAAAGUUAUCAACGGUUAUCUUUGAGAGAUUGAAGAUCAUUCAGGUGAAAGGUUGUUUUCUGCUUGUAUCAGUAUGCUGUAAAAUGUGUUGAUGAAAUGGUACUUCGGUCUUCCAUCAUGUAUUUGGCACUUUUAAGACACACAUAAUAUUGUGUAUUAUUGUAAACUUUACUGUAAUUGUUGAACUGUCUGAUUUGAAUCUUGCUUUAGGACUUCUCAUGUGUUUUUUUUUAAAGAAAACAAUUAUGUUAUUCCUAUGGUGUUACAUUUCUUUUGUUUGUUCUCCCGAUUAGCCAAGUGGAAAUACUCAGUCACAGUAGUAAAGGUAUUUUCAUAUUGAGUAUAAAUACAGUACAUGGAAGUGUGUGUGUGUUUUUUAAGAGACCAUAUGGUCAUAGAUCCUAAAAUGUUCUCACAAAUAAAUCCAAGUGCAUAAAUCAUA